UACACCCUUACAUGAUUGCUCUAUUCAAACAUGGAAAAUACUGGUAGAUCAAAUUGGCAAUGACUUGUGCUUAACUUUCUUCCUCGAUACUGGUAGUUGACUCUUGGCUUUAAAAAACCUCUCUGGAUUGGGCUUGAGGAUUUAAUAUUUUAAGGAGACCUCACUUCAAGAACUACAUGUAGUGUUUCACAUUUUACUUUGGUGAAUUCUUAGGAUUAACACAUGCAGUAAACAUAGUUGUGAUGUGAUAGAGGACGAGCAUGAAUCGUUUGUAUUAAUGGCAGUCUUCCAUGCCGUCGAGGAGGGUAACCUCCACGGGAUCAAAGAACUGGUUGAAAACCUCACCUCCUACGACCCGGACCAAAAGAACAAACAUGGAGAAACCGCACUCCACCUUGCAGCAGGCUACGGUCAUGUUGACAUCCUCGAGUACCUCCAAGCCAAAGGAGCAAGCAUUGAUGUGGCCGAUAAGCAUGGCGAUAACGGGGUAUACUGGGCGGCUAGGCAGGGCCAGAUUGCUGCUAUGAGCUUCCUCAAAGACCAAAGAUGUCCUCUAGAUGCACAAAACAAGACUGGCGAGACGCCCCUGCACGUUGCGGGUCGGUAUGGGCAGGUGGAAGCAGUGCAGUAUCUGUGUGACCAGGCCGUCAACUCGAAUCUAGCGGAUGAGGACGGGGAAACGCCCCUCCACAUAGCGGCCUGGCACGGCUACACCAGUAUCGUCCAGACACUGUGCAAGGCGGGCGCAACGUUGGAUCUGAAGAAUAAGGAUGGUGAAACGACCUUGCUCUGCGCCGCAGCCAGGGGACAUCUGGACAUUGUCAAGAUCUUGGUGGAAGCGGGCGCCCUUCUGAACACCAUCGACAAGCACGGCAUCACCCCUCUCCAUCACGCCGUCAGGAGGCAGCACUAUGACAUCGUCAAGUACCUCGUAGACUCCAACUGUGAUGUCAAUCUGCAAGAUAAGCUUGGUGAUACACCAUUAAAUGUUGCAUGUAAAGAAGGGGCUUUAGACUUGGUGGAAAUGCUGCAUGCUGUGGGUGCAAAGAGAGACAUCCUAAACAGGCAUAAGAACUCAGCACUUCACAUGGCAGCACGAGGAGGUCACAUAGAGGUCGUAAGGUACCUCUGUCUGGCGGGUGCUCUAAUUCACCAAAGGAACCAGGAUGGACUGACUGCAUCACAGCUAGCCAGUCUAGAAGGUCAUGAAGAUGUAGCUGAUGUUCUCACACAAGUAGAAGGGGAUAAGAGCAAAGACCUCUUCAUCAACCAGCUCAACAGCACCUCCGGACCUCUCCACCGCAUCCGCAUCAAGGUUCUGGGUCAGUCGGGCGUCGGCAAGACCGCCCUCAUCGACUCCCUCAAGUGCGGUUACUUCCGCGGCCUCUUCCGACGCUCCCGAUCCAACAUCAGCCUCAUCGGUAGCAGCAGCAACGGGCGGAGCUCGCCCCGCUCCCCCAGGAGUCCGCGGAGCCCCCUCACCCCCAUGUUCGGGAAUGGGAAGAAGAUGGACGGGGGACGGUUCUUCAUGGAGAGCCUGAAGCGAAAGCAGCUUUCAUCGACGUCUUCCAGUUUCGAUGUGGAUUCGGAGGUCACGAGAGGGAUCGAGUUCACACAUGGAACCAUUCCAGGUGCUGGGGAUUUUACUUUCCUGGAGUUCUCGGGUGAAGAUACCUACCACACUGCCUACCCUCACUUCCUGUCCGAUGAGGGCGCUAUUCACCUCGUAGUCUUCAGCCUGGAUGAUAUGUUUGAGGAGCAGCUCGCCCAGGUCACGUACUGGAUGAACUUCCUUAGGUCGCAGCUUCCAGCAACUGAACCAGUUGGCUACUGUGGCAAGUAUCGUCAGCAGCCUAAGAUAGCGCUAGUGGCCACGCACGCUGACCACACCCAGUGCCCGAAACAGCCCACGGGUGAGCUGAUCAGUGGGGAAGGGAACAUCGUACUCUACCAGACCAAGAGGCUGUUUGGCAGGCUCUUCGACAUCUGUGACGUCCUCUUUGUGAUGGACGCCAACAGCGCUCAGUCCAAAGACGUCAAGAUGCUCAGGACUCACAUCUCAAGCUUGAGAAACUCCAUACUCAAGGUUGAAGCACCAGUGUCUGUCCUCUGCGAAGCGGUCGCAUCAGCACUGCCAGCCUGGAGGAGAACAUUUGUAAAUUUCCCUGUGUUGACAUGGCAACAGUUCUCGGAAGGCAUUCACGCCAGUAUUAACCCCCUCGCGGGUCAGGCUCACCUCAGGGAAGUAGGCAGACAACUUCAUCUGAUGGGAGAGGUUCAGUGUUUCGGCAGUGAACUCCUUCAGGAGGUGAUUGUUAUAGAACCCACCUGGUUGUGUUCAGGAAUCAUUGGCAGACUCCUGAGCCACGAUGCCACAGAGCAACCUGAAGGCCAAUACAGCAUCCACUACAUCCAAUCUCUCUUCCCAGACACCGAUGCCAUGGACAUCUCCCAACUCAUGGAGGCGAUGGACAUCUGUGUUCACGGAACUGUGUGUGAGAUCCCUGCGGUCAUGCGCUGUCCCGCCCCAGAGGGCAUCUGGGAGAAGGAGGACGAGAACGGAAACUUCCGGGUGUACGGUGGGGUCCGGAUGCAGUUGAGCGAUUGCGGAAGCACCUUGCCUUCGGGGUUGUUCUCCAGGAUACAGAUGUCACUGAGGCGGAACUUCCAGCAGGACAUGGAAGACACAACAGACAAUGAGCUUGUGAUGUGGAGGAACGGAGCCAAGUGCUCUAGCGGAAGCAUUGAGGGGUUAAUUUCCAUGACGAACGAUGAAUGUGCCAUCGAGAUCAAGGUCCGAGGCUAUAACGACACCAGACAAGGAUGCUUCAUCUUCCUAGAAGACCUUGUCCACCUUGUCAAACACGUUCUUGUGGAUUCGUAUCCAGGGUUACCGCUUAAUAUGGAGGUGCUGUCGCCAAUCCAGCUGUCUUCCCAUGAGAAGACCAUCAUGGUGUACAAUGCUUGCUCCUUGCUCAGACUUCAACUCAGGACUGAAAGAACAGUCGAGAACCCCAUUUCCAACCAGGAGGAGGAUUUUGUUGACAUUUUCUGUUUUGGAUCGGAGUCAGUGGAAUCCAAUCUCAUUGCGGGUGUCGACCUGCACCUCUCGGAGAUCCCGUCGUUGACGAGACGACAGAUCAGCAUGUUGUUAGAUCCCCCGGACCCUAUGGGUAAGGACUGGUGUCUGCUAGCCGUAGGGCUGGGACUCACAGAGAAGAUUCCCAUGUUGGACACCCUCAACAGGAGGUGUGGUCCUGACGAGUCAGACUCCCCGACGGAGCGCCUGCUCCAAGAGUGGGGGAAGGAAGAGACGAACUCUGUUGGGGUGCUCUUGAACAAAGUCAAAGACUUGGGGCGCGAGGAUGUGUUGAGGGUGCUGAUGCAGGGUUCACCCCUCUAUAAGUUUGUUCCUGACCCGAGGGCCUUGGAAGAAGGAAGACAGUCAGGGUCAGGCUCCAAUCACUCCAGUGGCACAGUGGCUUCCAGAUGAGACGGCUGAUAUCUGUUACCGUGGCGGCAUCCCUCUCCAUCCUUUUUAUACUCGCCCAUUUCCUUGAGAUUGUCGCAGCCAUUUUUAUAUGAAUCCUUGCAUUACUUGUGUUGUGACUAAAGACUAACUAUGGGAACUCAUCCAUGCAUGUACGUACAUGAUGUGACUAUUACUGCUACUGACCAUAAGUAAAUGUUAAAAACCACAUCUCAUUUCUCUUGCUAUAAUAAUGAUACAGUACAUGCAUAUCAGGUGUCAUGUUAAGCAUAAAGUAGUAAACCUUGCCAAGCGAAUAGAACUAAUGGAAAUAUUUGUUUGUAUAUCUACAAUUAUAAGUAUUCUUUUUUUCCUCUCAGUGUUUUAGGAAUUUGUUUCAAACAUUGACAUUUUUUUCUUCCAAACAUACACCAGAGUACAAAUAUUCAAUAUGUAGUUGAAACGAAACAGUAAUUUAUCAUUACAACUCAUAGCAUAUAUGGUGCCUAUUUUGUCUGUUGAAGCAGGAACGUUGGGUACAGAUCAACAAUAGCUGCUUUAGAAUCUGAAUGAGUAUUGUUAGG